CAUUGUAUAAAAUAUGACACUUUUAAAUAAAUCAUUCAAACAAGAAUAUUCUUUAGAAAAAAGAAAAACUAUUUCAGAAAAAAUUAAAAAUAGAUAUAAGGAUAGAUUACCAAUUAUUGUUGAAAGAGCACCAAAUAGUAAUGUCCCAGAUAUAACAAAAAAGAAAUUUUUAGCCCCAUCCAAUAUGGUUGUCAGUAAUUUUAUUAUGGAAAUUAGAAAGCAUCUAGAUGGCUCCAAACAAAACUCUGACCAAACUGCAAUCUUUUUAUUUGUAAAUAAGAAUAAUCUCCCACCAUCAUCACAAUUAUUAUCAAAUAUCUACGAAAAGGAUAAAGAUGAAGAUGGUUUCCUUUAUAUUGUAUAUAGUGGUGAAAAUACCUUUGGCUCUGACAAUUAGCUAAACUUUUUUUUAUAAAAAAGAAAUAAUCUUUUUAUUUUUUUUAAAUAAUAACAAUAAUAAUAAUAAUAAUAAUAUCAUAAAUUAUAUUUAUAUUCAACUAUAAAUUUAAUUCCUUUUUUUUUUUACAAACCAAACACACUUACUCAAACUAAUUACACAUACAAAAUUUUAACUAAUAAUUAUGUUACAUUAACAAUAAUAACUUUUAACUCCACCCACACAAACACAAAACAGAUUCUUUUUUUUUAAAUAUAAAUAAAUAAACUUUAAAAAAAUAAAAAUAAAAAAAGAAAAAGAAAAUAGAAAAAGAGCAAAUUGCAAAAAGAGUGAUCCUCCCAAAAAUAUAAAAUUUC